UUGUGAUAUAGGGACUUCACAACAUCCUUCACUUUAACCCCCCCAACCCUUCAACCUCGAUCUCCCACCAUCAAUUCGCCCACAAUGGUCCAAAUCCUCCCUCUGCUUAACCGCAGCGCAACCCGCAGCCUCCGUUUCCUCGCACGCCCUUCAACCGCCCGCUUCUAUUCCGCGCCUGCAGGCCCUCAAAUCCUCGUCACCGACCUCCCAGCGCCCUCCACCGGCCGCAUCCGCGUUCUCUCCCUGAACCGCCCAUCUGCUCGAAAUGCCCUCUCUCGCUCUCUCCUCGCAGACCUGCGUGCUCAAAUCGACGAGAUCGCCGCGGAGUACGAUUCUGAGGGCAACGAGACUCCGAUACCGAAGACAUACGGCGGCGCGGCAGGCCCCAAUGAACGCGGACGCACACGUGCUCUUAUCCUCACUAGCGAGGUAGAGACAUGUUUCUGCGCUGGAGCGGAUCUUAAGGAGCGCGCGGGCAUGAGCCAGGAGGAAACCAAUGCGUUCCUCGCGAACCUACGAGGCACAUUCUCUGCCCUUGCAGCGCUGCCCAUUCCCACAAUUGCGGCUGUGUCGAGCAUGGCUUUGGGUGGAGGUUUGGAGCUGGCUCUGUGUGCGCAUCUGCGCGUGUUUGCGUCGACUGCUAUCGUGGGACUGCCGGAGACGAGGCUGGGCAUAAUUCCGGGAGCUGGUGGAACCUACCGUCUGCCUGCUGUUAUUGGACAGAACCGCGCGAGGGAUAUGAUUUUGACCGGCCGACGUGUGAGCGCCCCGGAGGCGUAUUUCUUGGGUCUGGCAGACCGCUUAGUUGAGGUCGUGGAGGCGGAGGGAACAAAAGAGGGAGAGGAGGAUAAGACUCUGCUAAAGAGGGCUGGAAAGGAGGCCCUCAGCGAGGCGGUUAGACUUGCACAGGAGAUCUGCUCGGGAGGCCCGGUGGCAACGAGGGCUGCGAUUCAGGCUACGGCGUGGUGCAGGGAGGAUAUGGAGAACAAGGCGUAUGAGACUGUUGUGGCAACGGAGGACAGGGAUGAGGCGCUCAAGGCAUUCAGGGAGAAGAGGGUACCGGUAUUCAAGGGGAGGUAAAGAAAGUUAAAGAAGUUGUAUGAUAUAGAUAUAUACCUACCGAUUAAAAUUGAAUAAAAUUGAAAGGAAUCUAGCUGCCCA